ACAACAAUGCCACGCCGCUGAAGCCAGACAUAGGAUAUUAUAUUUGCUGUGGAAUAUUAAAAAGUUGUUAAUUUGUUUAGAUGGCAGUAAAAGAUCUACAGCUGCCGCCGCUGCUACACUCAAGGUCAUCUUCUCAAUUUGUGUCUAAUGAUGACAGCAAUAGAGGAUUACAGCGACAUAUUGCAAACAAGAUGUCUAGAGCAAGAUUGAUAAAAACCAAAGAGAGAGAAGCUUCCAGUUAUGUUUUAUCUGAGCCUGCUGAAGUUACAUUUCAAAAGCCCAGAGAAAAAAGAAAUUAUGGUUCUGAAUAUCAAUGCCUUGGUCCUGAUGGUAUCUUCAUGUCCUGCAGAUCUCUUGCCAAGCCUCGUUUCUUAGAGCAACUGGAGUGUCUUCUCAAGAGAGAACUAGAAGCUUUAGACAACACACACAGCUCCAAAGUCCAAGAGCUCAGACUGCAGGUUUACCAAGAAGUCUUUGGCUAUUUAAUUGAAGAGUUUAAAACCUACAAACCUAUUUUGUCUGCCAUCAAAAAGGAGUAUGACAUCACAUUAGCACAUCUGCGUGAUCAGAUCAGAGAUCUGCUACCCCUGCGGGCGAAGCUGGUGCUCGUGUCGGAACAGAGUGACAAAAAGAUUCUGGAGAUGAGAAUACAGGAAAGAGAUGAGGUUCAAGCUCUGAAACACGAGUGCAGGCAUCUGCAGAGCAUCAUUGAAAGCAUGAGGUCACAACAGAGUGCUCUGCAGAUUCAGGUUGAUCAUCUGAAAGAGGAUCUAGCCACCCAGUAUCAGCUCUACAGGGAUGAACGUGAUGCACGAAAGCUGCUCAUCACCAGAAUCAGCACAAUGCAAUCUACCCAAGAUACCAAACAUGAUGAUGAUAAUGAAGAGGAUGAGUCUGAGGAUCCUGUGGUGGUGAAAAUGGCUUUGGAGGUGUGCCGAGAAGAUCUUACCAAAGCCCAGGUUGAGCUCAAUCGCCUGCAAGCUGAAUACAGUGAUGUGGUCCCUCGACGAGACUGGGACAACCUGAAUCAUAUGCACGAGGAGAUACUAAUGAAGCUGGAAACCUUACAAGCAGACUUCAACCAGAUGAAGUCUGAAUAUGAUACACUGCUGGAGGUUCAUCAAAAGUCAGCACCGGCUACACAGCAACAUGGCUCAGAUAACCAACACAUUGUCACAACUCCCAGGCCAAACUGGGAACAGUGUUCAGAUAUACUCGGAGGGACUGAGCGAUGUAAAGAGCUUUUUGAAGGUCAAUCUAGUCAAAAGAAGCUGGAAAUCUUGCUGAAGGAGAUUAGUAGCCAAAACCAGUUCUUCACUGGACAUGGAAUAUCCUGUGAUAUCCCCAUUUAUCUACGAUAUGAGGGAAAAGUUAAGAAUCUGAAGCUCAAGAAAGCAGAUGUUAUUAAGGUUAUUAAAGAAAUAUGGAGGAACAAAAUGGCGGAGAAUGAAAAGAACGAUGACCCCAGAGAUCUGCAGACAUUUCUUCACAGCUAUCUUGUGGAACAGUAUAAAGAUAAAGCAGGAGAAUGGGCUUACAGCCUCAUGGAAAGCAUACAAAACAAUCUCGAAGAUGAUCUCAUUUGCCUUUUCAAUGACGUCUUGACUGGGAAGGUUGAUGAGAGUAUCUACCAUGGACAGACACAGCUGCUGUCUCACUUGCUCAAGGUUUUAAUUCAAAGUGACAUUACGCAAUGCGGAACACUGACUGUCUCAGAAUUUAGCGAGGCAUUGAGGAAGGCUUUUCCUCUGAAGUCGGAUCAGGACAUUGAGGAGCUGUUGGCGGCAGCUCAGACAGAGCUGAAGAGCAGUGGAGUGCGCAUUUCUUAUCAAACACUUUAUACAGAGGACACAGAUGGACGACACAAAGAAUUCCUGAGUCUAGUCAAAAAACAAGCGACCGCUGAGAGGCUCCAGUACAUCAGUGAGCUUAGAGCUCAGUUGGAAGGCAAAGGGGAAGUGGAUGCAGAGCAGCUCUGGGUUGCCUUCAAAACUAUUGAUCCCUCACUGGAACCUGAAAAUCUGGAAUGGAAUCUCAGUGUAGCUUUUCAGACAAAGGAGAGUGCAUUACAAGCUCAAGCAUUGGAAAAGGAGGUUGUGCUACAGCGUCUCUCUGUGGCUCAUGUCAAAAGGGCAGGGCCAAAGGGAUGACCGUUGUUACUCCAAGCACAUUCACCGUCUAUUUAUAACACACUACAUAUAGUAACCAAGCAUAGCACUCAGGCAUAGAAAUACCUCUGUGGUAGUGUUUAGAAAAAUCACAUAUCAAAGAUGACACAAUGAUAAGUAAUGGAAUUUAAAAAGAAAGAAAACUUGUUUGUCUUGUCAACCUUUUACAUUUGUUUACAAAUAUUUAUACAUUAUAUAUAUAUACAUAAACAUAAACAUAUACAUACAGGGUGGGCCAUUUAUAUGGAUACAACCUAAUAAACUUAUUUGGAAUUUCACAAGUAAACACAAUGUUGUGCUUGGUUUUAACGUAGCUUUAUUCUUUCAUGAGUUAUUUACAAACCCCCUCAU